GAGGUCUUUUUCACUCUCACUGCAACCACCAUCAUGUCUGAGCUCGACGCUGACCUUUAUGGCGAUCUCUACGGCAACGAUGAGCCUGAAUUUCCAACUUCAGCAGAAAACGGCGACCAAUCUAAACCAGAAGAGUCUCUUCUAUCGGAAGCGCCCCCUCAAGCACCUGUUGCUUCCGCUGUGAAGGUUCCCCAGCCGACAAUAUCAAAACAGCCUUCACCGGUCGCGCCGGCCGCCGCCAUCAGAGCACCUGCAACAGAAACCUAUCCAGUACAGACUUAUGAAGAAUACGCGUCGACUAAUGCUCAAUCUGGACCUCCUGCCUAUGGUACUCCGACUACACAACAAAUUCCGACUUACCAGCAACCUCAAUCGGACUAUGCAUCAGACUUGGGCCAACAUGAAGGUGUGGGUAGUUAUGACCGCCAACAUAGCCACGAGAGGAGUGUACGGCCCUCAGAGAUGAAGGAUGAAGGCAAGAUGUUCAUUGGCGGUCUUAACUGGGACACAACCGAUGAGUCCCUCAGGAAUUACUUCUCCCAGUUCGGUAAAGUAGAUGCAUGCACGAUCAUGCGCGAUGCUGCUGGCCGGUCGAGAUGCUUCGCCUUUUUGACCUUUGAGGACCCCGCGAGCGUUAAUGCGGUGAUGGUGCGGGAGCACUUCCUAGAUGGCAAGAUUAUUGAUCCAAAGAGAGCAAUACCUAGACAAGAACAUCAACGCGCUACAAAACUAUUCAUCGGCGGUCUUGCGGGGAGUGUGACGUCCGAGUCGAUGCGAGACUUCUUCUCGCAGUUUGGCAAGGUCAUUGAUUCGACCGUCAUGUUAGAUCGUGAGACAGGGAGAAGCAAGGGCUUUGGAUUUGUUUCAUUCGAAGACACAAAUGUCCAGCCCUUCCUCGGUUUUGGGAACCUAGAAAUCGAUGGGAAAUUGAUUGAUGUGAAAUUGGCGCAACCGCGUUAUCAGCGCGACAACUUCAAUGAAGACGGCGGUCAGCAACAACAACAGUACACCAACAAGGGCGGGAAUUUUAAUGCGGCAGCUAACGCUAUGCCCGCGGCUCCCUCGGGCAACACUCCGUUUGAUCCCCAGGCUCUAGCCGCCUUGUACACCCGCAUGUUCCAAAUGGCAGGCGGAGGUGGCAUGAUGGGAGGUAUGGGUAUGGGUAUGAAUCCAGGCAUGACUCCGGGCAUAAACCCGAGCAUGAUGGGUGGCAUGGGUGGUUAUGGAGGCGCAGGCAUGGGCAUGGGCAGAGGUGGCAUGGGAAGCCCCGCAAUAGCAGGUGGUAUGGGUGGAGGACCAGGAAUGGGUGGUGGUGGAAUGGGGCGAGGGGGUCAGGGUAUGGGGGGUGGUGGUACACCUACAGGGCCUGCCAGCCUAGGUCCGAAUGUUCCACGUGGUCCACGAGGAGCACAGGGUGGUCCGAGUGGUCCUGGUGGUCUUGGCGUUGGCCCACAACGUGCGGCACAACGAGGGCAGCACAGUUACCAUCCCUACGCGCGCUAGUUUUCAUGACAUCGCUGGAUUUGCAUUGCAACUAACUUAUCAAUUCAAAAGCUGGUCCGUGUACGCAUGAAGAUGGUGGACCUUUCAUAUGCAUUUAUAGGCAGUACUUUAGUUCGUCAUUUUCGCUUUUUAGUAUGUUCAGAAGCCGUAUGGAAUGAAUUAUUUGUGCCUGCUGCA